AGAUGGCAGCACGGUCUCGCCAAUUAGCUCAUGAGAAAAAAAAAAAGGCAAUAGCAAUAUUCCCAACUCCAUAUCGCUGAAGGAUGUGGACUGUCCCUUCCUGUUUCAGUGCCGAGAGAGCCACCGUACCGACUCACACCGGAGCAGGAACACCACCACAGGCGCCUGGAACGCGAUUAUGUCUGCGCGUUUGCCGCGGAGCCUCGUUUCCCACCGCGGUCCACGCAGGUUUCUGGUUUAGUGGGAGCUGUUAAUAUGUUAUUCCACGGCUGACUGGUAACACAGCGGGCCUGUUUACUGCGCUGCCAGCCCUUGUUUCCUUUGCCGUGUCAAUGAUUGUCCUCCCCUCACUCUCAUGGCGGAGACUAAAAUCAUAUACCAUAUAGACGAGGAGGAGACUCCUUAUCUGGUCAAACUGUGCGUCUCUCCAGAGAAAGUCACCUUAGCGGAUUUUAAAAAUGUCCUCAACAAUCGGCCCGUCAACAGCUACAAAUUCUUCUUCAAAUCCAUGGACCAGGAUUUUGGGGUGGUCAAAGAAGAGAUUUCCGAUGAUAAUGCCAAGCUGCCCUGCUUCAACGGGAGAGUAGUGUCCUGGCUGGUCCUGGCAGAGAGUGCCCACUCUGAUGGAGGAUCUCAGUGCACAGAGAGUCAUCCAGAACUGCCUCCUCCUCUUGAGAGAACAGGAGGCAUCGGAGACUCGCGGCCCCCGUCCUUCCACGCCAACGCGGUUAGCAGUCGAGAUGGCCUGGACACCGAGACGGGCACGGAGUCGCUCCUGAGCCACCGCAGAGAGCGCGAGAGAGAGCGAGCGCGGAGGAGAGCCCGAGAAACUGAGCUCCCUCGCAUCAACGGUCACUCUAAAUCAGAGCGAACCGCAAGGGAUUCGGCCAUGGGUUACGACAGCGCCUCAGUAAUGAGCAGCGAGCUGGAGUCCAGCUCCUUUGUCGACAGUGAGGAAGAUGAGGAUGCAAGCAGGCUCAGCAGCUCCACAGAACAGAGCUCCUCUUCGCACCUGAUGCGCAGACACAAGCGGAGGAGACGGCGGCACAAGGUGGCCAAGAUAGACCGGUCGUCAUCUUUCAGCAGUAUCACAGACUCCACGAUGAGCCUCAACAUCAUCACAGUCACACUGAACAUGGAGAAGUACAACUUCCUGGGCAUCAGUAUUGUCGGUCAGAGUAACGACCGGGGUGAUGGAGGCAUCUACAUCGGCUCCAUCAUGAAGGGAGGAGCUGUGGCUGCUGACGGCAGAAUAGAACCCGGAGACAUGCUCCUCCAGGUGAAUGACGUCAACUUUGAAAACAUGAGCAAUGACGACGCAGUGAGGAUUCUACGAGAGAUUGUUUCCAAAACUGGUCCUAUUAGUCUUACUGUUGCCAAAUGUUGGGACCCGUCUCCACGGAGCUACUUCACCAUCCCUCGCGCUGAACCAGUGAGACCGAUUGACCCUGCGGCCUGGAUUUCACACACCACCGCCCUGACGGGACCUUAUCCACACUACGAGUUUGAUGACUUGCCUCUGUCUAUAAGUAAAACAGACAUGGCAACCAUUGUCAAGGUGAUGCAGUUGCCCGAUUCUGGCCUAGAGAUCCGAGACAGGAUGUGGUUGAAGAUCACGAUCGCCAACGCUGUCAUCGGUGCUGACGUGGUGGACUGGCUUUACUCCAGAGUAGAAGGAUUCAAGGACCGGAGGGAUGCGAGGAAGUACGCGAGCAGUCUGCUGAAACACGGCUACCUGAGACACACCGUUAACAAGAUCACCUUCUCCGAACAGUGCUACUAUACCUUUGGGGACCUCUGCCAAAACAUGGCAUCGCUCAAUUUAAACGAGGGAUCCAGUGGCGGAGUUUCUGAGCAGGACACUUUGGCACCGCUGCCUCCCACCAGCAACCCAUGGCCCCUGGGCGGGCAGCCAUUCCCCUACCCUCCUUUUCCCUCUGCACCCCCAAGCUUCCCGCCAGGAUACUCAGACCCAUGCCACAGUUUCCACAGUGGGAGCGCAGGAAGCCAGCACAGCGAGGGAAGCCGAAGCAGUGGAUCCAACCCCAGUGCAGGCAAAGGUCGACGCUCUUCCCCACUGGAGAAAGGUCACAGGUCCACAUGCAGUGAAUCGGAGCCCGCCAUCCGUGGAGGGCGGCGCGGCGACCGGUCGGCGAGCCAAAUGAGCCACCACAGCCAUGCCGUCUCCAGCCACAGUCACACCAGAUCAGGUCUCAGUCACAGUCAGUCCCACAGGAGCCACACCGUCUCACAGAACAGCCACCCGUCCUUCACCUACAGCCACGCCCCGUUCACGCAGCCAGGGCCAGGCUCCUGUGCCCACAGCGAGCGGAGCCACGCCUCCUCCUACGGCCCCCCGGGUUUGCCUCCUCCUUACUGUCUGGCUCGCCUGGCCCCCAAGACCUCAUUCAGCAGCAGCACGCCGCCUGGAGCCCCUCCUGGGAGAGAGUUAGCCGCCGUUCCUCCAGAGCUCACCGCUAGUCGUCAGUCCUUCCAGCAUGCAAUGGGCAAUCCCUGUGAGUUCUUUGUUGACAUCAUGUGACAGGACAGUGCCUUUAAAACUCAUUGAGCACAAAAUAAUUCUCUGACCCACUCCCUUUCUCUCUCUUUCCUCUCAAUCUUUUGCCUCUGACCAUCUGUUAGUUUCAGAAUGCGGACACUGACAAGCCCUCUACCUAAACCCACCCCCUCCGCUAUCUGUCUGUCCCUCUGAGGUCCACACAAAGGAUUACAGGCAGCAAGGGCACAGCAGAAGGGCGUCCUGUCACAGAUGCAAACACGGGUCCUCUGUGACUGAAAAUCUGCUUUUGUAUUGAUGUGACAUGUACAGUUUGUGAACCGUGAAUGGUAUUCAAUGUGGUGAUUCUUUAAAGUUGCCAUGCAGACGUUUGUUUUUUCCCCCCGGGAGUGUGUACUUGAUGUAGGAUCUUUUCUGUUCUGCAAGACCUUUAAGCUGACUGGGCCUGGAACUCAAUCCCCCAGACCGAUACCUUCAGCCUGCACUUAGGAACUUUUCUUUCUGGGCCUAGAAUCUGGAUAAUGGAUCUAAAGAAUUAAAUCUGUGCAUACUGAUAAAAAAAGAAAAAGAAAAAUUAGCUUGUUGCACCGAACAUGUGGCCCCAAUUCUCUCUAAGCUCUUACCUGCCAAUUCACAGAGAGUGGAUUUCUUCAGUUUCAUAAAAGGAGGCCCUGAAGUCAGCCGAUAGUCUAACUAGGCUGCAUAUUGCAUGAUUGUCUCAACUGCUUUAAAGAAAAGAAAUUUUAUUACUACAUUUUUGUUUAAAGUAUUACCAUGACUGGGAAGGGGAGGGGUUAUCUCUUGCCAAUGUUCUAAAGGAAGAAUCUGUACACUGGAUGAUUAUUUUGUGAUGUUAUUUAUGCGCAUUAAUGGUGUCAUACAUUGGCUGACUGACAGACAAUCAGACAUCACCCUCUUGUGAAUCGGAGGCCGGCGUCCGCUGUCCUCGCCGUGCUUUGUCGAAUGUAUGAUGAUUCCCGUCAGUGAUUAAAACCCUGACACUCCGAACAACAGUUUGCUUCAAACAGUUAAACUAAAGAAAAACGUAAUCUAAUCACAGUCACAGACAGGAUUGCAAACAGUGGGAAAAAAAAAAACAAAAAAAAAAACGGCCUCAGCAGGGUUUGAUGUGAGAGAAAUCACCGUCAUUGUUGUCUCCUUUGUGGCAGAGUGUGAGCUUCGAUAAAAGCCAAAGCCUCGUUGUAUGGUGGAUGUUUAGAAGUUGUUAAUAAUUUGAAUCUCUCCACGAUUAUCGUCAGAUGCUUCUCAUUUUACAACUAAGUGACUUUAAGGGGAAUCCUUAGCCUACAGAUUUUCAUACCCUUGUAAAACAAUGGCAAACCCCUGUUGGAUCUACCUAGAAUACAGAAGGGAAAUAACACACACACACACACACACACACACACACGCAGGUUCACACAGCUAUCCUUGUAAGGACUUGCAUUGACUUACAUUCAAGUGUUGUCCCUAACCAUAACCUUAAUAAGCCUGAAUGCCUAACCCUUACCUUAAUCUAACAACAAUUCAAAUCUUAGCCCUAAAUUUAACCAGAAAUGAGGUUUGGCCUCAUUAGGAUCAGGUUUUGGUCUCCAUGAGGACUACUGGUCCUGACAAGAUCAGUGUUUAUGCCAGAAAAUGUCCUGAAGAGGUAACAAAUACAAAUGCUUAACUCCUCCUUAAUCUAAUGCUGCCUGAACUAUAAAUGGUCUCAAGCUAAUAUUUUGUCCAUACAACUAUCAAGAGGCAUGUCAACAACACACACACACACAUACACAUACACACACAGACUAGUUUUAUGAGCACUUUUCCAUUUUGUCCCUCCCUCCCCUUUAGUAUGAAACACUGUUUGCAAUCAAAGCUCUUUUUUUUCUCUCAAAUUUUUUCUUUACAAAAAAGAAGAAUAAAUUGUACAUAAAAAUUUAUUAUAUAU